GAACCAUAUGCAUCAUAUUUAUGUGUGUAUUUUAAGACAUUAUUUUGUUUAUUUACAUUUAUAUGAUUUAAUUGUUCAAUAAUUUUGGGUGUGUAUGAGGACUUUUAUUUUGGUAGCGCCUCCGCUUGGUGUAAUGGAUUUAAUGGUGUACACCUGCUAUGGUGACAGACAAACACUAAUGCAAUGUGAAGCACGGUAACCAAGGCAAGGUUUAUGGAUCCUGUGAAUCUUAAGUUUAGAUCCUGGUUUAAGGGGGAACAAGCUCUUACGGUGGUUCAUUUGUGUUAUUGAAUGGCCACAAUAAAAUGCUGUGAAUCAUCAGUAAAAGAGUCGACCGCUUUAUUAACCAGGAUGCUACAGUAAGAGCUUGCCUCGUCGAUCUGGUGACCUUCGUCGAUCUGGUGGACGGCUUUACAGGAUUCUUUGUGGGUCAUCAAGGUGUAUCAUUUCUCUGACUUUGAUAUUGUGCGCGUUGAAACUGUGCACAUCUCGGACUGAGGACUGAUUAGAGUUUGAAACGGUUUAGCUCAAUGUGCGUAAACCAAACGACUCGGAUGGAUUGAAUGAAGAAAAAGGAAAGUGUCAAUCUUAUUUGAGUGGAUCGCAGUGAGUACGUUUGAACUGUGUUAACCAGAUUAAUUCUGAAAGGACUUGUGCUUGUGAUGGACACUUUCUUUAUCAAUGGACUGAGUAUUGAUCAAUUUCACAAUUAAGAGUUGAUAUUUCAAUGAAUGAGAGAGGUGUUUAAUUUACAUUCUGUCUUAUUUAUCACAUUGACUUGCUGCAUAUUAGAUGUGAAUAUUGUUAUAUUAUUUAUUCUUUAUUAUCCUGAGAGGUUUAUGCAAAGGGUAAAUGUCUAAGUCAGACACAGGUGAUUUAAAUGAGCAAAAUGAUGAUCAUCUUGAAACUCAAAGUGAAGGUUUACGUCGUUCAAAACGCAAUCCUAUACCCACAGAAAAAAUGUUAUACUACCAAAGGGAAGAAUUGCAGAAAAAGGAGAAAAAGAUUACUCUCUUGUAUGAUAAGUGGAAAAUUGAAGCCCGUAGAGCUCGCGAACGGCUUAAAACUGACAUUACAAUGACCCAAUUAGCUAUGUUAAUUGAUGAUUUGGAGGCAGCAAAAACAAAAGUUCUGAAUGUUUAUGAUGAAAUUAGGCAGCGUGUAUCACCUACCACCGAAAUGCGUCGAAAAAUUGAUGCAUGCGAAGCAGUUACAGCUGAUGUUAUUAAAAUCAUUCAUGAAAGGAUUUCAGGGAUAGAUGGAGAUUUUGAUGCUGGAAGAGAAAGGGAGCGUCUUCAAACUUUGCUAAGUCAUCAAUAUGCACGCUCAAUUUUUGGUUCAACUGUUUCACGUAUUAGUCAAGGAUCUAGUAAACAUUCCAGUCAAAGCUCUGUUGUUUCAAGUUUAGCAGCAAAACGAGUAGAGGCUGCUGCUGACUUAGCAACUAAGCAAGUUGCUUAUGAGUCUUUAUUGGAAGAAGAAAAGUGUAAAGAAAGGAUACAGCUGCUGGAAGAACAGCAUAAAAGGGCAGUUGAUGCUGAGUUAAAGGGGUUGCAGCGAAUACAAGCACAAAAAGAUUUAAAAGCAGCACAAGCCAAAGUAGAAGUCUAUGAUAAUGAGAUUGAGGAAACUUUGAAAUCAUCUUCAGAUUGUAGCCAGAUCAGAAAAAAGUGUGAUACCCCUCAAGUAAACAUUAAAAGGAUGCAAGGUAGGCCUAUGUCUCAGAAUGUGGCUCAAGCAGAUUUAAAUGUUAUGACGUCUCAAUCAGUGUCACGAAUGCCUGUCUCCGCUUCAAUCCUUCAAGACAGUCUAGCUAUGAGCCGAUUACCAGUGCCUGAGCCUUCAGUUUUCACAGGAGAUCCUAUUCGCUUUAUUGAAUGGAAAUCAUCAUUUACUGUUCUUAUUGAAAGAAAAUGCAUCUCGUCUGCUGAAAAGUUGUUCUAUCUCAAGAAGUACGUGAGCGACUCUGUCAGUAAGGCUUUGGAGGGUAUAUUCUUUAGAACUGAUGAUGAUGCUUAUUCUGAUGCCUGGGAUAAAUUGAAUUGUCGUUAUGGUCAACCAUUUACCAUUCAAAAGGCUUUCAGAGAGAAAUUGGCUAACUGGCCUAAAAUUCAGGUAAAGGAUGCAACAGGUCUUCGAAACUUUUCCGACUUCCUCAGUGCAUGUGAAAAUGCUAUGCCUCAUGUUAAUGGCCUUCAGAUUUUAAAUGAUUACCAAGAGAAUCAAAAACUUGUUCAGAAAUUGCCUGACUGGGCAGCCAGUCGAUGGAACCGACAAGUCACACAAGCCCUCAGUCAAAAUCAAGAAUUUCCAAGUUUUAAGGAGUUUUCUGCUUUCGUGUCAAUAGAAGCAGAUAUUGCUUGCAAUCCAGUAACCUCUUUUCAGGCUCUUCAUGCUUUAGGACCCUUUAUUGACAAAUUCACUCCGAAGGACAUCAAAAGAAACAAGGUUCAAGUUUUCAACACUCAAAUGAAAUCAGUAAGGCCAGUAAUCAAAAAUCCUUGUCUGUUAUGUGAACAAAGUAAUCAUCAGCUUAAUGAUUGUUUUGAAUUCCGUAGUAAAUCACUGGAAGAACGGCGGAAAUUUGUCCAAGAGCAGAAACUUUGUUAUGGAUGCCUAAAAUCAGGACAUAUUGCAAGUGAGUGUCGAUAUCGUCUUGUAUGUGAUAACUGUAAAAGAAAACAUCCUACCUGUUUGCAUGACAAUAACUUCAUAAGAAGAGUGAAGUCAGUUCCCUCAACAGAUUCUUCUCAAGGUGUUUUUAGUGGCAGUACGAAUGCAGUAACUUUAAGUGUAACUGGAGAAGGGCAGACUACAAAUACCUCAAUGAUUUUGCCUGUAUGGAUAUCAACAAAGCAGAAUCCUAACUGUGAAAGACUUGUGUAUGCGUUGCUGGAUUCUCAAAGUGAUACUACAUUUGUUGAUCAAGAAGUAAGUAAUGCUCUUCAAGCACAAUCAAGUCCAGUAAAAUUGAGACUAACUACCAUGCUUGGUAUAGAUUCAAUUGUGCAAAGUGAAAGAGUAUCAGGCUUGCAAGUACGAGCAUAUGAGUCAGAUAUUUUCAUUGACCUUCCUCCUACUUAUACCAGAGAUUACAUACCUGUAAAUCGGGAUCAUAUCCCCACCUGUGAAAUUGCAAAGAAAUGGAAUCAUCUGUCCAGUAUUGCAGACAAGGUACCACCAUUAAAAGAUUGUGAAAUCGGCCUGUUGAUAGGUUACAAUUGUCCCAGAUCUAUGGCUCCUCGAGAGGUGAUUGUUGGAAAAGAUGAUGAACCCUUUGCAGUGCGAACUGAUCUGGGAUGGAGUAUUGUGGGGUGUUCAUCUCCACGUUUUGAUUUGCCCAAAGAGAAUAGUCUAUGUCACCGUCUUUUAGUUAAGGAACUUCCUCAUGUCACUCCAACAGAUGUGAUUCGUGUUCUCGAAUCCGACUUCAAGGACAUUAAUGAAGAAAAAAUGAAGGUAUCACAAGAUGACAUUCUUUUUCUCAAAAUAUUGAAGGAAAGUAUCUGUCAAAACAAGUAUGGACAUUAUGAGAUGCCAUUACCCUUUAAGGAAAGACCUAUUCUACCUAGCAAUAAGCAGCUAGCUACGGCCAGGCUUGACCAUCUUAAAAGGAAGAUGUCUAAGGAUGAAAUGUACAAGGAACGGUAUAAGGAAUUUAUGAGUGAGAUCAUUCAAAGAGGUGAUGCAGAAGAAGUAAGCGAUUGCGGCAAAGAAGGAGAAACAUGGUAUUUGCCUCAUCACGGUGUUUUCCACCCCAAAAAGCCAAACAAGUUAAGGGUAGUGUUUGAUUGUUCAGCAACAUAUAACGGUUGUUCAUUGAAUGAGCAUUUGCUGCAAGGUCCUGACAUGAUAAAUAAUUUGACUGGCAUUCUAAUCAGAUUUCGUCAACAUCCUGUUGCUCUCAUGUGUGAUGUAGAAAAAAUGUAUCACCAAUUUCAUGUGAGUGAAUCUGACAGAGAUUAUAUGCGCUUCCUUUGGUGGAAGAAUGGAGAGUGCGAUCAAAAGCCUCUUGAGUUUCGAAUGAAAGUUCACAUUUUUGGUGCCGCAUCCUCAUCAGGGUGUGCAAACUUUGGCCUAAAGUAUAUUGCAAACAAGAACAGCCAUUUAUAUCCUUUGGGUUCAGAAUUUGUAUUGAGGAAUUUCUAUGUGGAUGACGGAGUAACUAGUUUGGAAGACACUGAGACUGCGAUUAAAGUUGCUGAUGAAGCAAGAAAACUUUGUGCAACGGGUGGUUUACGGCUGCAUAAAUUCAUGUCAAAUGAUAAGGCUGUUUUGAAUAGUAUUCCUGCCUCUGAACUUGCAUCUGAUGCCAAAGACUUUGCAUUUGAUUCACCAUUGGAAAGAGCCCUUGGAAUACAGUGGCAGAGGGAUUUAGAUUGCUUCCAGUUCAAAAUCAAGUUGCAACAACAACCUGCGACUCGUCGUGGAAUAUUAUCUACAGUUGCUUCAGUGUAUGAUCCGUUAGGAUUUGUAGCACCUGUUCUGCUGAAUGGCAAGAGAAUUCUGCAAGAGGUAUGCAAGCGUGGUACUGGAUGGGAUGAUUCCUUGUCAACGGAACUUCAGUUACAGUGGGAGCAAUGGAAGCAAAAUCUUUCUGAGCUGCAAGAAAUUAACAUACCAAGAACCUAUGCACCUACCAACUUUGGAAAAAUCGUCAUGGCUGAAUUGCAUCAUUUCUCCGAUGCCAGCACUCAAGGCUAUGGUCAGUGCUCCUACUUGAGACUUCGUAAUGAGAAUGGGAAUAUCCACUGUGCUUUAGUGAUGGCAAAGUCAAGAAUUUCACCUUUAAAGGUCGUAACAAUUCCAAGACUUGAAUUAACGGCUGCUGUCACUUCUGUUGAAGUAAGCAAUGUGCUUAAAGGAGAACUAGACUAUGCUGGUCUUGAAGAAUCAUUCUGGACAGAUUCAAAAGUGGUAAUGGGGUAUAUAAGGAAUGAAGCGCGCAGGUUUCAUACAUUCGUAGCAAAUCGUGUACAAAGAAUACAGCUUCGUACAACCCCACAACAAUGGAGGUAUGUUCCCUCUAAAGAAAAUCCUGCUGACCAUGCCUCCAGAGGCCUCAAUGUUCAAGAUUUGCAGUUGUCAAACUGGUUUUCUGGCCCUAAGUUCUUGUGGGAGAGAGACUUGCCAAGGCCAACAGAAACAACUUCUACACUUUCUUUGGACGAUCCAGAAGUGAAAGCUGCCACAGUUCUAAAAACCGAAGGUGCUGACAAAGUGAGCUGGAUUGAUCGUUUGUCUAAGUUUUCUUCAUGGUCGCAGGCAAUUAGAGCUGUUGCUCGACUUAUGAGACGAAUCAGCAAAGACAGAUCAAAUCAUCUGAGUACUGUUGUCGAACGACAAAAAGCUGAAUUGCACAUCAUUAAAUGUUUGCAAGGUUGUGUCUAUAGAGAUGAAUUGAAGAGAUUGAAAAAGAGUCUAAGUGUUUUAUCUCACUCUGAAUUGUAUCCUCUUGACUCAUUCAUAGAUGAAGAUGGGGUGCUCAAGGUGGGAGGGAGGCUACGUCAUUCAGAUUAUCCAGACUCCUUAAAACAUCCUGCCAUUAUUCCAAGGAAUCACUUUGUCACUAAAAUGAUUAUUGCACAUUGUCAUGAAAAGGUAAAGCAUCAAGGGAAAGGAUUCACCGUUAAUGAGAUUAGGUCUCAUGGAUACUGGAUUCCAGGAAUAGGUAGAACUGUUGCUUCCUAUAUUAGAGGAUGUGUUGCAUGUAGAAAAUUUAGGAGACCUACUGAAAUUCAGAAAAUGGCUGAUCUGCCAUCAGAAAGAGUGAAUCCAUCACCUCCAUUCACCUACACCGGCAUGGAUUGUUUUGGACCAUUUCUUGUUAAACGGGGAAGAAGUGAGUGUAAAAGAUAUGGCCUACUCUUAACCUGUUUGUGUUCUCGUGCUGUGCACAUUGAGAUGCUCACAGACAUGACAACGGACUCUUUCAUCAAUGCUUUACGCUGUUUCAUUGCCAUCAGAGGCACUGUACAACAAAUUAGAUCUGAUCAAGGAACAAAUUUUGUGGGCGCAAAAAAUGAAUUCAAAAAGGCACUUGAAGAAGUUGAUACAGAAAGAGUAACUGCAUUCUUGUCGGAAAAACAGUGUGAUUUCGUGAUGAAUGCGCCACAUGCUAGUCAUGCUGGUGGAGUGUGGGAACGUCAGAUCAGAACGGUGAGGUCUGUUUUGAAUUCUAUACUUUCAACUCACCCAGUGAAAUUGGAUGACGCUUCUUUGCGAACAUUUCUUUAUGAAGCAAUGGCGAUUGUGAAUAGCAGACCGCUCACUGUUGAUUGUCUAACUGACCCUAAGAGUUUGAGACCAAUUACUCCUAACCAUUUACUCACACUGAAAUCAACUACUGCUUUGCCUCCACCAGGAGAGUUUAAAGAGGAUGUUUAUGCCCGAAAAAGGUGGCGACAAGUUCAGUAUUUAUCAGAGCAGUUUUGGAGUCGCUGGCGCAAGGAAUACCUUGCAAAUCUAGCUGCCCGACAAAAAUGGUUCGUUCCUAAAAGGAAUGUGCAAAUUGGUGACAUUGUUUUAUUAAAGGAUGAUGAUUUGCCAAGGAAUCAGUGGAAAUUGGGUAGAGUGGAAGAAACUACUACUAGCUCUGAUGGACUUGUUCGAAAGGCCAAAAUACUUGUAGGCACCUCUAAACUUGAUAUAAAAGGCAAACGUGUUGAUAAAGCAUCAAUAAUCGAAAGGCCCAUACAAAAGCUAGUAUUGUUGAUGGAAAGUGUGUUUGAAAAGAAGGGUAGUUAAAAAAAAAGGUGUUUGAGAUAAAAUGUCUUUUUCUUUCCAUGUUGAAUGUGAAUUAAAAUGUUCAAAUCUAGAAAUCAUUCAUGUUUAAGCACAUGGUAAGAUUUGGUGGGAGUGUAAAGAACCAUAUGCAUCAUAUUUAUGUGUGUAUUUUAAGACAUUAUUUUGUUUAUUUACAUUUAUAUGAUUUAAUUGUUUAAUAAUUUUGGGUGUGUAUGAGGACUUUUAUUUUGGUAGCGCCUCCGCUUGGUGUAAUGGAUUUAAUGGUGUACACCUGCUAUGGUGACAGACAAACACUAAUGCAAUGUGAAGCACGGUAACCAAGGCAAGGUUUAUGGAUCCUGUGAAUCUUAAGUUUAGAUCCUGGUUUAAGGGGGAACAAGGUAAUUGUCCAAAUCACACUUUUGCUGUAUGUGUAAGUUUGUUUGUUUAUUUUGUUGGUUUGUUUGAUUUAAUUCUAGUUGUGUGUUUAGUCUUUCAGUAAAUGUUUUUCUUUAUUUUCUAGCUCUUACGGUGGUUCAUUUGUGUUAUUGAAUGGCCACAAUAAAAUGCUGUGAAUCAUCAGUAAAAGAGUCGACCGCUUUAUUAACCAGGAU